GGAAUGAGAAAGGAAAGGAAGGCGCUGUAUUUUUUUUUUUCCGCGGCUGUUUCUGUGUGCGCUCCUUUUACAGACAGUGUGGCAGACCCGAGCGUCGCGUCUACGCGCGGGAUUACAGUAACUCGGUUGUCAGUGAUGAGUCAGAGUGCGUGGUGCUGAUGCUGCUGCCAUUUCAUCACCUCUGCGAGCGCAGCAUCCAUUCCUUCGCUCUCCCUGAGCCUGGGCCUACCUCGCCUCAGGCUCCCAGGCCAGCGAUGUGCUCGCGGCCGAUCUAGAUCCGGACCAAGCCACGCUCUCCGAGGCCUCGGCUGGGCGCCCCUCUCGCCGCCCACGGCCGGCCCGGGCCAAGGAGACCUGCUGAUACCCGGCCAUGGAGGCCAUCUGGCUAUACCAGUUCCGGCUCAUUGUCAUCGGGGAUUCCACGGUGGGCAAGUCCUGUCUGAUCCGCCGCUUCACCGAAGGCCGUUUUGCCCAGGUUUCGGACCCCACUGUGGGAGUGGAUUUUUUCUCCCGUCUGGUGGAGAUCGAGCCAGGAAAACGCAUCAAGCUCCAGAUCUGGGAUACCGCGGGUCAAGAGAGGUUCAGAUCCAUCACUCGCGCCUACUACAGGAACUCAGUAGGUGGUCUUCUCUUAUUUGACAUUACCAACCGCAGGUCCUUCCAGAAUGUCCAUGAGUGGUUAGAAGAGACCAAAGUGCACGUUCAGCCCUACCAAAUUGUAUUUGUUCUGGUGGGUCACAAGUGUGACCUGGAUACACAGAGGCAAGUGACUCGCCACGAGGCAGAGAAACUGGCUGCUGCGUACGGCAUGAAGUACAUUGAAACGUCAGCCCGAGACGCCAUUAAUGUGGAGAAAGCCUUCACAGACCUGACAAGAGACAUAUAUGAGCUGGUUAAAAGGGGGGAUAUUACAAUCCAGGAGGGAUGGGAAGGGGUGAAGAGUGGAUUUGUACCAAAUGUGGUUCACUCUUCAGAAGAGGUUGUCAAAUCAGAAAGGAGAUGUUUGUGCUAGUCAGCUGUUUUAUUUCCAAAACAUGCUCUCCCACCUGAACUUAAAAGUGAUCAAAAUGAAAAGAAUCCCUGCGUGACUGAAUGGACUCAACCUCCAUUUUACAUACAAGUGAGCCUCCUUCUCAAGGGGUUUCUGACAGGCUGUGGGUGGGUGGAUGUGGGAGCCUGGGUGCUGUGACUGAGGGACUGAAUUACUGAUAUGGGCCAGGCACUGUUUGUGGCCCAUUCUGGGCAGUGGCCGCUCCAUGUGCCCUUUGUGGAUCACAUGUCAAGGGGCUGAGGUUUGGGGAGCUAGGCUCCAGAAAAAUACACCCACAGACAGAAUAACUAUUUGUUGGUGUUUCAGCUCAUUCAUAGGCCACAAACAUAAAGAUAUGUAUAAAGGGGAAAAAAGUAUCACAUUGGAAACAAUUCGCAAAACUAAAAAUGACUAUGAGAUCAACUUAAUCAGUGAGAAUAUCCCACACCAAGCGUGUGUGCUGGGUUUGGUUGUAAGGUACCUAUUGGCUUCUAAACAGCUCAUCCGUAGAAUGAGGGGCAUGGACCAGCUAUUUACUAUGACCCUUUCAAGGCCUGUUGUUCUAGUAAAAUUGGUGUGACUAUGAAAAGGGAGGCCAUUAUACAUACUGAUGUUAUCACAUUCCAGAAAAUGUACACCCUUGUGAUGGAAUAACCAACAGUGUGAAAGAAACUGUCCCAUGCAAAUUACCAUAUAAGUAGAAGAAACAGUGUAAUCCAUGCCAUACCCUCUGUCCCUUCUGACCAUGCCUUGAGUUUCACCUGCCUGACUCUUCAGGUACCUGGCAGCAAUGUACAGGGACUGCCUGUGAAAACAGCCUGUACUGAGUACCUGCUCAACAAGAGGCGCUGUGACCCUUGCAAACACUUCACAGUCCCUUGAAUCACUUACUGAUCAUCACAACAGGCCUGUGAGGUUUUCUUCCCCACUUUACAAGAGUAAACUAAGAAGCAGGAGAUUCACCUGGCUAAGGGGAAGGUCUCCUGACUCCUAGUUCUUGUUCCACUGCAUCAUCUUGUGCCUGCUAUCAGAUGAAUGAACUGUUAUUAAUUUGUUUACUUUGGAAGAGAUAUUACUGUAAAUAAAUGUUCUCUACAUGUUAGGAUAUGUUUCCUUAUUGCUCACGACUCAGCUAUAAUCCUGAGGGAACCUGGGGAUGAAACAAAAGGUAAAGCCAAUUCAGGUAUCAUUGACAAGAGGGCUUUAAAUGAGUAAAUAAUUGCACAACUCAAAACACAUUAAAACUGUGUGGGCUACAAGUGUUCUUAUCACUGAAACACAGUGGACAUAUUAUUGAAAGGAACCAAAUACAGCGAAGGGGAGUGGGAUGGGGAUAAAAUACUCAACUCACAAUGACCUUAGCCACCUGUUUGCCAUAUACCUACACUGGAUUCUUGGCUAUUCUGGAGAGUCAGCUCUUAAUUCUCAGGUGAACAGACAUCUAAUUGCAUCAGAAAAUUGAAAUGGUUGGCUUAAGCUUCCAUUAUCUUCUUGAAGAGAGGUCAUGCUUUAAAUUAUUCUUUGGACUGUAGCCAGUUGAGCUAGGCAAAAGCCAUACCUUUCACAGUAAGAAAACAAUUCUGAAUAGUCAGGUUUCUCAUAUCCAUUGUGAUAGGAAGGCCUGACAAUGGUAAAUUGCUUUGACAUAUAAUAUUGAACUUCAGUAUGAAUGUGACUGAAUCUGAACGUUUGGGAAUUUACUUCAGCCAGAAUGAAGCAGCCAAAUAAUGAAAAUUAUGGAAAAAAAAAAAAACACCUUGGACCAACCUGCAGCAUCAACUACAAGUGAACCAAUCAUCGUCUACAUUCAUUCCACAUGACCUGGCUUGGGUGGAGUAAUUAAGUUGCCAGCUUUGUGGUUUCAGAAGGCAAAUGAAAGAUGGUAAAUGGGUUAAAGACAAAGUUUCACCAACUACUGUACUUAAUUAUAUUAAGAAGAUUCUGAAAACAAGAUUAUCCAGUGGAUAAAUGAGUUGAGUGGAUUCUGUCAGUUCAAAAAAAAAAAGGAUAGGAACAAAACCUUUACAGUUUUCUUGUCUAAAAUACAUUAUAUGUAUACUGUUCUCAUUCCUUGCAUUUUUUUAGGCAGGUUUAAAAAUACUCAGCACAGGAUCCAGCAAAGGUGGCUGAGCUUAAUUGCUUAAACAAGUUCUAGAAAUUUAAAAAAUCAUUUUAGUAGAAUUCAGUGCUGUUGUCACUGCAAUAAGUGGGUUUUAGAAAAUAAGUGUGAAAAAAUCAGGUGUUAAUACAAUACUAAGGAUAAAGCUUUAGAAGCUAUUUUACUACAUAGGUAAAAGAAAAGAUCAACUAACUUGUAACAAAGACCACAACUGCAUGUUGGAUUAGAUUGUCUCCUAUUCCAGAAUAAAAUGUACUGUAAACUUUUCCUCACUUUGUUGUGCAUUGUAAUGAAAUGUGGAAAAAAUGUUUUCUUUAGCUGUAUGUGAAUGAGAAUUUGCUUGUAUUUAGUAAAAUGGUUGAUUACGUGACUGUGAGAUUUCACGUGUGUGUUGUAGCUAUUUCCACUACAAAGGGUACCAGUUAGGUAUGCAAACAGUAUUCACCAGCAUCUCAGAGCUAGAACAAGAGUAUGAUUUUUGAAAGACAGAAUCAUCAUGUUGAAAGUCACAAAGGUCUCACUACUGCCUGAGAAUCCCAUGCCACUUUUGGAAAAGUUGAAUGACUGCAAUUUUUGGUCAACAAUCUUAAUUAUGACACGGGGUAGCUGAUCACAACUAUUGUCAUCCCUGGAAAGUCUUCUGU